CAUUAGCCGUUUUGUUUCACCUUGUACCCUCGUGUGUCUGUCUUCCACUCGGCGUCGGCGACAUCGUUGAAGCUCCAAACACUUCGCUAUCUCCGUCAUUCUCUCUCUCUCUAAAGCUUCGCGCACCCUUCUCCUCCGCAUUUGGACCCUAAUUCUCUCUUUCUCUCUCUCUGUGCGUCUCCUUCAGCCUGACUCAGCCACCGGGGAAAAUCUCGGUCACCAUGUCACAGUCUCUGCACCCAUUCACCCCAUCCACCAGGUCAGUGCGGUCACCGAACCUCACUUCUUCCCCUUUCAAGCAAUGCUAUUCCUCCCCGAAACUCUCCCUACCCAUCAACAAUCGCCGCUUCCCGGUUACCUCUGUGAAGCUCUCCAUCAGAGCUUCAUAUUCCUCUGAUCUCGACCCGACAUCCUCUCAAGUCCUUCUAGCAUCCAGCAACGGGAAAAGCUUCGUUGGAGGGGUUUCAUCUCCCGCGACGCAAACGCUGCCGUCGCCGGAUUCGGGCUCCAUCGAGGUGGACUCGGUGACGGAGACUGAGCUGAAGGAGAACGGGUUCCGGAGCACUCGUAGGACGAAGCUAGUGUGCACGAUUGGUCCCGCCACGUCCGGUUUCGACCAGCUGGAGGCCCUGGCUGUCGGGGGCAUGAACGUGGCGCGCAUCAACAUGUGCCACGGCACCCGCGAGUGGCACCGUGGCGUCAUCGAGCGCGUCAGGAGGCUCAACGAAGAGAAGGGCUACGCCGUAGCCAUUAUGAUGGACACCGAGGGCAGUGAGAUUCACAUGGGAGAUCUCGGCGGCGCUUCUUCCGCCAAAGCUGAGGAUGGUGAGAUCUGGACCUUUAGCGUCAGAGCUUUCAAUUCAGCUCUUCCCGAACGCACCAUCAAUGUGAACUAUGAUGGUUUUGCUGAAGACGUUAAAGUGGGGGAUGAGCUUCUUGUGGACGGUGGAAUGGUGAGGUUUGAGGUGGUAGAGAAAAUUGGUCCAGAUGUCAAGUGCCGAUGUACCGAUCCGGGACUGUUGCUACCUCGAGCUAAUUUAACUUUCUGGAGAGAUGGUAGUCUGGUGCGAGAACGCAAUGCCAUGCUUCCCACAAUUUCUUCUAAGGAUUGGCUGGAUAUUGAUUUUGGGAUUGCGGAGGGUGUUGAUUUUAUUGCCAUAUCAUUUGUCAAGUCUGCUGAAGUGAUUAAGCAUCUUAAAAGCUAUAUUGCAGCACGGGCUCAUGAUGGUGACAUUGCUGUUAUUGCAAAGAUAGAGAGUAUGGACUCAUUGAAGAACUUGGAAGAGAUCAUUCAAGCAUCAGAUGGAGCUAUGGUAGCAAGAGGAGACCUGGGUGCUCAGAUACCGCUUGAACAGGUCCCCUCAGCCCAACAAAAGAUUGUUCAACUGUGCAGGCAGUUAAAUACGCCUGUCAUUGUUGCCUCUCAGCUACUUGAGUCUAUGAUUGAAUACCCCACACCCACCAGAGCAGAAGUGGCUGAUGUUUCUGAAGCAGUUAGGCAGCGAGCAGAUGCUUUGAUGCUAUCUGGUGAGUCAGCAAUGGGCCAGUACCCAGAGAAGGCAUUAGCUGUUCUGAGAAGUGUUAGUCUGAGAAUUGAGAGGUGGUGGAGGGAGGAGAAACGCCAUGAAGCUAUGGAACUCCCUGACAUUGGAACUUCCUUUUCCAACACUAUCUCAGAAGAGAUUUGCAACUCUGCUGCCAAGAUGGCUAAUAAGUUGGAGGUGGAUGCACUUUUUGUCUAUACAAAAACAGGCCACAUGGCAUCUCUACUCUCACGCUGCCGACCCGACUGCCCAAUCUUUGCUUUUACUGCCACUACAUCUGCGCGGAGGCGUCUGAACCUGCAGUGGGGCCUGAUACCUUUCCGUUUGAGCUUUUCUGAUGAUAUGGAAAGCAACCUUAAUAAAACAUUCUCAUUACUCAAGGCCAGGAAUUUAAUCAAAUCAGGUGACCUUGUCAUUGCUGUCUCUGACAUUUUACAGUCUAUCCAAGUUAUGAAUGUUCCUUAAAGAAUCGAUUUAGUUUGCAAGCACUGAUCCAUUCUUCUAGAUGGCAGUCUACGUCUAAAUUGCUACAUUCUUCCCCAUGUGUUCCAUAAAAUGGCUAGCCGUAUAAACAAAAAGAGUGAGGAAUGAUUGACUUCAGCCCUCUCCUCCGUCCACUUCCCCCUGGAUCACUCCUAGUGGCUACAACUGAAGCUUCAGUAGAAUCUGACUAGGUUUGUUAUUGGCUUUUCUCGUCUAAUGCAUGUAACGUAAGAUAAAUUUUCAUGCAUAUUUGUCCUGGAAUUCACCCAUGUACGGCAGAGAUAAUUCCUCCGAUCAUUUGAAUUUAAAUUUUUGUUUCUGUUCGUUUAAACAAGGUAGCAUUUGUAUUCAUCUUGGAUAUUAUAAUGUUUCUGCAAACAUAACGAGCAGGUUGAGAUGUA